AAUUAUGAUAUAAAUAAUAGUCAUUCAAUCAAAGAAAUAUUCAAUGCUUCCCUUGUUUGUAUUUUAAAGAAAAGGAAUCUAUAAGAUUAGAAAUUUUAUAAAACCUAUGUCUUGUAAAAACUUUCUAGCGUUAGUAGUUUGUUAUGGAAAUAUAGUAGUUCCCCUAUGUAGUUUGGACAUUUCUGACACACUCUCAAAGCUUAUUGUAAUGAUAAUUAAUGGUUAAUGGUGAAAAAAAUGAUAAUUUUUUUUUUCUCUCUUUUUUGUUGUCCACAGAGUUUUUGCAAGUCAUGCAGGGGUAAACGGGUAGUGAGGGGACCAAAAACAGUGAAGAUAAAUGUUCUGGCAGGGGUGGACAACAUGGAAACCAUUAAGAUUCCCAGAAGUGGUGGAGCAGAUCCUGAGGGCAAUCAACCUGGUGAUCUUUAUGUUAUAAUCAAGGUUAGAGAAGACCCUGUGUUCCGGAGAGAAGGGCCUGACAUUCAUGUUGAUGCAAUUUUGAGCAUUACUCAGGCAAUUUUGGGAGGAACAAUCCAGGUGCCAACUCUGACUGGGGAUGUUGUUGUUAAGGUCCGCCCUGGAACUCAACCUGGUCAAAAAGUUGUCCUGAAGAAAAAAGGUAUGUGAGUUUAUUAUUACCUGUUGUCUUCAAUUUGCUUCUCAAAAUCUUUUGUUGUAAAGCCCGUUUCUAGAACUUAUAAAUGAUAUAUAUUAACAUUAAUGCUGACAGCCUGACAUUUAUUUUCUAUCUGGGAAAUUAUGUAUACUAUCUUGCCAAAGUUGUUUUCAUUAUGCAGUUCGUGGUAGUUUCAUGAGUAUAUAUUGUAAUCUAUCCUUUGUCAGAUGUGUUUACUUUCUGUUAUUGUUUGUAUAUUUAGUAAUCUGACACACUGAGGAAGAACAUCCUCCAUAAAUGUCUGGGGCUCUGUUCCAUUGCGUACCAUUGGAAAACAUGCAGCAGUCCUAGCUUUGUCUACCAUACCAUAGAUAUAAAUGUUGUGCCCACAGUACAGCUAGACAAAUUUUGAAUUAGUGAAGCGUAGUCAGUACCAUCAAACUCCCCAUAUCAAAAUAGAGACUAGCAUCAUACUAUAUUUGCUCUUGCCCUUGCUUUCUAAUAUCUUUCUGUCUCUGCUCUAUUAUUGACAUUAACAAAAAGAUGGCUUUCUCACUGCA